AGUGAAUGAGGCAAGGUCUGGCAUUCAGCACAUGACACCAGGCAGUAGACUGAUAGCGCUCGACAUUAUUAUCAGCUUCAACCUGUUUCGGCGACCGUCUAGCAAACUUUUAGUUAUUAACUGAAACAGUGUCGAGUUUGUAGUACUCACUCAACUGGCACAAUAAUAUCACUUCCAUACUUGUUCCUACAAACUAAAUACAAUAAUAAUUAUUGGCUGUACUCAGUUCAGUACAGAUGGGAAUUCACACUCUUCUUGUUUGAAAUGCUAUAGUAUUCAAACGUUUGGUUGAUGAUAACUGGGAGUGCAAACAGUUCCAUUUUUAUGUGGAAUCAAAAAGUGUUUGUCACAGUGGAGUGACGGCUACAUCUCUGUGGAUUACAGUCGAGAAGAGGAAGGAGAGCCAAAAUUUAACUUUGGAAGCUCUUGUUCAUCAUAAUUAGUAUUUUGAGUGACCUUUCGAAAGAAACAUUUAGAAAAUGUACAGAGCAUCAAAAUUGGCACUUUUCAUGCUUCCCUUUCUUACAGCAUGUUUUGUAGAAAGUGUAUCCGGGGACUUGAAACUUCUAAUACUUCACAACAAUGAUAUGCACAGCCACAUUGAAGAGGUUAGUCAAACCAGUGGUCGCUGCAAGGAACCCGGAAAAUGUUUUGGAGGUUUUGCAAGAGUGAGUGCGACAGUGAGCGAAAUAAGAAGAUCCAUGGCCGGAAAACGUCAUGUUCUAUUCAUGAAUGCUGGUGAUACGUUCCAAGGCACACCCUACUACUCCAUUUUCAAAUGGAAGAUAAUCGCUCAGUUCAUUGAUAGUAUGGGCCUGGAUGUUAUGUGUUUAGGUAAUCAUGAGUUUGAUGAUGGACCGGAGGGUUUGGCUCCUUUUCUGGCAAGAGUAUCAACGAUUUCAGUUGCCUGCAAUCUGAACAUCACUCUUGAACCUGACCUCGAUGUUCCUUCUCUGAGACCUUCAAUUGUCAAGAUUAUAAAUGGGACAAAAGUUGGAAUAAUCGGCUACCUUACACCAGACACUCAGCAUAUGCACAACACCGGAAAAGUGAUUUUCUUAGACGAGAUAGAAAGUAUAAAUCGAGAAUCAGCAAGACUGAAAACAGAAGGCGUUAACAUCAUCAUAGCACUUGGUCAUUCAGGGUACUAUAUGGAUCAAAAAAUAGCUGCGAACUGUCCAGAUGUUGAUGUGGUUGUUGGGGGACACACAAACACAUUCCUCUUCACAGGAGAUGCUCCAGAUAUUGAGGUACCGAUCAACACAUAUCCAAAAAUAGUGACUCAGCGCUCGGGAAAAAAUGUGGCCGUUGUACAGGCGUAUGCAUUCACAAAAUAUUUGGGCCACUUGAUGGUAGAUUUUGACAAUGAUGGAGAGCCUGUAGCUUUUUCGGGGAACCCUAUACUCUUGAACUCCAGCUACCCUGAAGAUUCAAAAAUUCUUGCAACGCUAGAGCAUUAUAAAGAACAAGUGGAUAAGAGAACUUCUGGCGUGAUUGGCGUAACAAAAGUUCUCCUGAGUAAUGCGCACAAAGAAUGUAAGCUGGGCGAGUGUAACAUCGGAAAUAUGAUUGCUGACUCUAUGGUGGAUUAUAAUGUCAACAAAUCUCAAAGUAUUAAAUCAGAGGGCUGGACUGAAGCUCCGAUCGCGAUUAUCCAGGGCGGUGGCAUCAGGGGAUCAAUCAACUCUACAGCGGAGAAAGGAAACAUAACAUAUGGAGAUAUCAUGCAGAUUCUUCCCUUCGAUGAUUUGCUCCUUAGAGUCCAUGUUUACGGCAGGAUUCUGAAGCAGAUCUUUGAAUUUGCUGUUCAUCGUUACGAGCAAACCAAGGUUCAACAAGUUGGAGAAUUUCUUUCAGUAUCAGGAGUGAAAGUUUUUUAUGACGUCACCAAACCGAUUGGGCAACGAGUUAUCUUGCUGAAAGUCCGUUGUGGAAAUUGUACCGUCCCUGUCUACGAAAAUGUUGACGACAACAAGAUCUAUGGAAUUGUUGUGACUGACUACUUGGCUAACGGGGGCGACAAAUACGAGAUCAUCAAGGAUAAUAUCAUCAGUUUACAUCCUCUUGGUAUUACUGAUCACGAAGCACUGCACAUCUACAUCAACAAGAAAUCGCCAAUCUACCCUGGACUUGAAGGACGCAUAACUGUCAUAUCAUCAAACCACACAGAAUCAGGCUCAGAAGCUUUGAAGCCAUCUUAUGCAUUCUUUUUUGUCAUAUUUAUUGUGUAUCAGUUCAUUCAAUCAGCAGCAGGAAGCAGUAUUACUUUCUCAUAGAAACAGCAGUGGAAUAUCACAACAGCAACAAGAAUCGAAAUUAUAAGGCUGAUAACUGAUCAAUUAUUAAGCUGAUAACUACUCAGUUAUCAAGCUGAUCUUGAAAAAUCGUUAUGAAAUAAUAGAAAUCGUUCAAAUCCUACCUAAGCUCAAUGAAUGAUCAACUAGAAUAGUCUAGUUUCUCAUGUUGCUUUAAUUGAUUUUCAAUUCCGUUGAUCCCAAUGAACGUUGAGUACGUUGAUAUACACUUGAUAUUGAAUUCUGGAAAGAAUUAUAAAUUUAUGUUAAGCUAUGUACUGUCAGAGAAAACUUAUACAUCGCUUUAGGUUUGUUUUAUUCUAUGGUACUGUGUAGAACUAAAGAAAUAGAAAAGUUCGAACUGUUA